AUGAGAAAAGAGAAAAAAGAAGAAGAAAAAGAAAACACAAUGGAUGAAGAAGGGUGGGUGGAUUCUGGAUGAAAUUGUCGAAAAACGAGGGGUUUUGUAGCAAAACCUUGGAUUAUCAGAAAACAUUAAUUGACAUCGUACCAAAAUAUUUAUACAUAUGAGAAAAGCUAUUUUUUGUCUUCUGCAGAAGUUUUCAUAUUCAGAAAUUCGUAUACAAUUAUUUCUGAAAUAUGGUUCUGAAUAGUGCGGUCUCUUAAUAUUUUUGUCAAACUGUGAAACCAGAUGGUCAUCAGACAACCAUGUGCUUUUCUUUUCAUAUUGACAUAUCGAUUCGCAUCUUUUCAUUUUUUUUCCUCCAUGAGUAAAUAUCUGUCUAGAGAGAGAAAUCCGAUAUUUGACCUAGGUUUGAUCACUUAAACUUCUUUCAACAUUGAUUGCUUCAUCUCAUGAAAUCAUUAAAAAACAUUUAAAUAAUGUCUUAUCAUUUUGUUUGAUAAACGAAACCCUUUUACCUUUUGCAUGGAAUAUUUUUGAAAUUGUUUGACAAUAGGUGUAAUAACAACAAGAAAAAAAACUCGUCUUGAUUUUCAGCAAUAAAAACUGAGUCUUUUCUCUUUUGUUGUUUUUUUUGUGUUCUUCUAUUGAUUUUCCUUGAAGAAGAAAAAAAUAUUUCAUAGACAUUUAGGCGCCUUUUCAAUUCAUUAUCAUAUUUUUCUUCGAUAAAAUUCAAUUUGAAUAUGAAAUAAUAACAAGCGAAUCUAUUGGCAUUUUUUAAAUGAAACUUUGUUUUAAAAAACUUGGGCUUUUCCUUAUCGUAACCUCUAGAUCUCCUUAUCUUUUAAUUGCAUUUCAUUUUUGCAGAGACUCGUUAUAUCUUGAGUACUCAUUGGAUAUGCCACCAAAUGCACAUUCCGUUGGUGGUGGAAAGAAAAAGAGCAAAAAGGAAAGAGCAGCUGCAGCGGCGGCUGCGUUAGCUGCAGCAAAUGCAGCUGCAGCUGAACAACAAGAGAAUAAUAGAAUAACACAGCAAGAAGUAGAAGAUAGUGCUAGUUUGAGCAGCCAGGAAAAUGUUACAGUAGAAGUGGUGAGUUUUGAAUUUAAUUUUUAUUACGAAAUUUUUCACCUAGUUUUUUUAAAUCAUGACGCUAUUCGGUAAAAUUUAUUCUCUAUUUUUGUCUAUUGAAAAUAAUUUCGCAACAUUUUCAACAUUGAGGAAUACUUUCCGAAUUGCCUCGUGAAAAAUUAAUUAUUGAAAUUAUUGAUUUUACAAAAACAUACAUGUUUUACCCCUGGAUUUAUCCAGGGUUGUGGUCUUACUAACUCCGAAAAAAAUUUGAGGUCCUACUAACUUUUUUUUUGAAAAUCGAUUUUUUUUGAAAAUUUUUUUAAUUAGUUAUCAUCAUAAAGUUUUGAACAUGAAAUAAUUUUUCGAUUUCAAAAUUGCUCUAGAUUAUGUCACAAGGUCCACUCUUACUCAUUAUCCAAAAUAAAUGCUUUUUCUGAAAGAUCUAGUGAGACCGCCGGCCCAAAAACUAUCGAAAAUCUACUUUUUUCAUCAAUACACCACUUUUAUCAUCAUAAAGUGUUGAACGAAAUUUGGUUUUUGUAUCUGAAAAUCAAUCUAGGUUAUGUUACAAGGUCCCCUCUUAGGUAUUAUGCAAAAUAAAACCCCUUUCUAAGAAGUCUACUGAGACCGCCGGCCCAAAAACUAUCGAAAAUCUACUUUUUUCAUCAAUACACCACUUCUAUCAUCAUAAAGUGUUAAACCAAAAUUGAUUUUAGCAUCUGAAAAUCGUUCUAGGUUAUGCCACAAGGUCUAUUCUUAAGUAUUAUCCAGAAUAAAUGCCCUUUCUGAAAGGUCUACUGAGACCGCCGGGCACUUAUAUAAAAUUCUGGAUAAAAUCCAGGGUAACCCUGGAUAAAAUCCAGUGGUCUCAACUAUUUUCCCCAUGCAGCAUUAUUUAUCAAUUUCAUAGUUCAAUAUACCUCAAUAGGACCUCUAGACACACUGUGCAAAUUUUCAAGUGAAAAUAUUAAUUUUGACAUACUUUUCUAGGUUUUGAGUUUUCUGGUAAUAACCAAUUUUCAACAUUUUCGAAUGGAAAAAAGUAUUUUAUCGUAUUUAUUCAUUGAAGAUAAGCUUUUAUAUUGUUGUAUAAGGUCUAAAGAAUUCGUAUUUCAAUUUACAAUUCAAUCCAUGAUUUUCUUCUAUAUUUUUUUGAAUAAUUGAAUGUAAAAUACAAAAAUGUAAUUUACUGUUUGUGUUUUUUCUAUCUCUCAAACGCAUCCUAUUCAAAUGAGAAAAACAGCAUGCGGGUUAUGUGGGCACACAUAGCGCAGUGGUAGAGCGCUGAGUUAGGGACCCAAUGGUAGCUACCAUAUGGUUCGAGUUCACAUACUGGAAACGUGUUGCAAAAUUUUUCAAUUUUUUUCGAAAAAAAAAUAAAAAUUUUUUUUAGUGUGGGAGGCUUUUGCCCCCCACACUAACGGUCUUACUAACUUUGAAAAUUUUUAUUUGAGGUCUCGCUAACUGUAGGGGUCGAUCCAGGGAGAAAAACAUGUAUGUACAAAAACCCUUUGAAUUUAGAAAACUAGACUAUUUUUGUGCUUUUUUCGAUAAAAUAAAACGUUAAACUCCUCCUUUAAAAUGAAACUGAAAGUUUCACCUUUUCUUGAACAAAACCAGUUUUUUCUAUCUGGAAUUGAAUUUUUUCUAACCUAGCAAAAUAAUUUUUGUCGUUUCGAUUUUUAAAACGUACAAAAUGUCUGUAUUUUCAUUCAUAUUUCUGUUGUUUUCAAAACAAACUCUCUAGUUUUAUAAAUAUAAUUGUCAACAAUAACAGUCAGACAAACAGGUGUCCCAAUCUGAUAUUAUGACACACCCAUUAAAUAUGACUUUUUUCUUUACUGUACCAUUUUUACAUCAGGAAAAAAUAGUCUUAUGAUCGUCAGAAGUGUUUCUUGAGUUUUUUUUUACAAUUCAAUAUUCGUCAUUUAUAAUUUCUACCUCAAAUUCGAAGAAAAAUUAUUUUAUUUUUUGUUUUUCUCCUAGUUCAAUUAUGUUGUCUUUCAUAAAACAAAAAAUAAAACCAAAUUAAUUUUGAAAAAGUACAUAAAAAGUGUAUGUUUUGAGUGGCUGGUUGUUUUCUUUUUUGCUUGUUUUCUGUCUCUGGUAAAUAAUAUGUGUUCUCUAUCUCUUUCCAUUUUUUUUUCUUCUAACCACAAAAACAUUCCUCAUUUUUGACUGGAUUUUUUCCAACACAAAAUGUUUUUUCAAGUUUCUGUUUCGAUUUGUUUUUAGAUCAAAAACGGAAAUCAAAUAUUUGUUCCCUUAUUAGCACAUGAUUCUUCUUCUGCUUUCCACCACAAAAUAUCGGCCUUUUUAUUUAUCAGCUGACCAAGAGAAAAAAAAAAAGAAAAAUUGGUCACAUUUCUGUUUUCAUGCUAUCCCUUUUUUCUUUCACUUUUUUUCUUUUUUUUUUGGGCACAAUCGAUUAUGUUUGGUUUAUUCUGAAGGAUUUAGUUUUAUUCUUUAAAAAAAAAUAUACAUAAGAAAAUUUAGGAUAACACUUGUGGGAAUUUCAACAAAAUAUUUUUCCCCUUCAAAAUAACCAUUUUCCAGGCCGAAUCUCUAACCCAAUCGGUGAAAGAAGAAAUCGAAAAGAAAAAAGUAGUAAAAGUAGAUCAGGAUACAGAAGAAGACGAAGAAGAAGAAGUAGAAAUAGAAGAAGGUAAUGAAAAGGAUUCAUUGAAACCAAACAACGAUACAGAAAAAGAUUUGGUCGAUUUCAGUGAGGAUAAUUGUGAAGUGGUGAGUUUAUUUCAAGAUGGGUCCAAAUUUUUCACUUUUAAAGUUAAUGAGAAUCCCACGAUUCAAAAAACUGAAAUAUUGGAAAUGAGAAGAAAAUAAUCCUAAUUUUCAUGUGACCAAUUUGGACCCAAAAAAUUCUAAAUGAAAAUUAUGGCAUAAUUAAAUAAGUAUUUUAUUUAGAAUCAGAAAACAUCGAAAGACGAAAGUAACGAAAUCGACAAAUUAAUCAUUUCAAUGGAGAAGAAAACGGUUUUAAUCGACACAACAAACGAGGACAAACCAUUGGCUCCGCCAAGAAAAUCACACCAACAAACUGCAAAAGUUGCACCAAACAAUAUGGGCUCACCUGGUAAUUCAAUUAUGAAAUCAGUUCCAUUUAAUGCGAAUCAAAAAGAAGGAGUUUCACAAAGAUCGAGGAAUUCUAGUAUUUCUUAUAUAAAAGGACAAGUUGUUCGACCAUCUGAACCACCGUGAGUUUUAUUUUUUUUAUUCUGAAUCCAAUGUUUUUCUUCAGAGCUGCAACAAUUGUUGGAUCUGUUGCUGAAUUGAUGCAUGAUGUUAUACCAAAAUCACAAUCUCAAAAUGUUCAUUUGCCUGCUGUUGAAAGAGCUGAUUGGGUACAAUUGUUUAGUGUUGAGAAAUAUGGAAAUCCUAAUGAGAAGCAAGAAUUUUUGGUUGUCGGAUUAUUGCGAGGUUUCCAGAUUUGGGCAAUUUAUGUUAGUUUUUUCACAUCCUGUAAAAAUAAAAUUGUUCUAUCUUUCCAUUUUUUCAGGCAAAUGGGGAAUGUGAAGAAAUAUUAUCAGAAAGACAAGGUCCAAUUCGAGCGUGCAAAAUACUUGGAAAUAAUUUUCGAGGAAAAAAUGAUGUUCAUUUUGGGCAACGUCCUCUUAUGGCUGUUGUUGAUGCGUCUUCACAUAUUCCUGAUCGACAAUAUUGUUCUGUUCAGAUUUAUUCAUUAACCACAAAUUCAUUGAUUCAUAGAUUGACAUUUGAUGAGCCAAUUUGUGCAUUACAUACAACUGAUAGGUUUGUUAAUUAUUGAAAUUCCUCCAAAUUCCAUUUUUUUUCAGAUAUCUUGUUGUGGUUUUAUCAAAUGUUUCAUAUGUUUAUGACACUUUGGAUAAAUUCAAAGAGAUUCGAACAAUUCGAACUGCUUCACCAUGUGAAAAUUGUCCGCCGUCAAUCGCUGUGACUGGAGAAUUAUUGGCAUUUGCUGACACGAAAUUGAAUUUGGAUCUUCAAAGUGGUGGUGGAUUAGCGAAUGAAAUUGAGGCGACUUCGAGUAGUGCAGCAAGUAGUACACAACAAUAUGCUGGACAAAUGAUUAGUGCUAUGAGUGUUAGUUUUUUUAAUGAACUCUGUUGUUCAAAAAAUAAUAUGAAAAAUGAUGGAUUUAGAGCGUCAAAAAUCAAAAAAUUUCAUGAAUUAUAGUCGAGGUUUUUUCUCGUAGCACUUCGUGGAAAACACAAAAAACCGUACACCCAUUGCAGCAGUUGGGUCGACGUGUAGCUACAAUUGAAUUCUGAUCCAAAAAUAAUUUUUAAAAAAAUGCAAUUUCUGUUUUUGAGCCAUUUACGCUUAAUUUAAAUCCGAAAAUUCCAAUUUGUUUGAAACCAUAAAUAUAUACGUUUCAAAAUUUUGAUAUAAUUUAUUAUCAAAUAUGUUUUUCAAUGCACAGUGUAUUAGCAAAUGAACAAAUUAUUUGGAAAUUAUAAAAACGGAUUGAAACACAUAAAUCAUAUCAAAUUAAAAUUUUUGACUCAAAAUUUGACUAAAAUUCGGUGAAAAUGAACAUUCGAGCUGAAAAACUAGAAUAAACUUACGACUAAUCGCCGACCAGAUAUGCGUCGCUUGAAAUGUCGAUUUCCACGAAUCCAAUCUCCAUUUUCAGAGUUUCGGUCGAACCGUCAAAUCAUGGAGUGAAUCAGUUGGAGCAUCAUCAACAAAAGCAAAAUCAGCUCACGGAAUAAUGACAAUAAUCGAUUUAUCUCGACCAUCUGACGAUUCAUUUGAUGUUUUAUGUCAUUGGAUUGCACACACUGAUUAUAUUUCAUAUAUUUCAUUUUCACCCGAUCAACGACUUGUUCUAACAUCUGAUUCGACUGCCACUGUUUAUAAUAUCUUUUCAAUUCUUCCACAUUCAGUUUGUUCAUCUUUGGCAUCUGUUCAACAUUUAUAUAAAUUGCAACGUGGAAAUACACCGGCGAAAAUUUGUUCGUCAGCAUUUUCAUUAGAUUCAAGAUGGUUAUCAGUUGUGACAAAUCAUGGAACAACUCAUAUUUUUGCAAUUUGCCCAUUUGGUGGAAAACCAAAUCAACGAACACAUGGAGAUACUUUUGUUAAUAAGUGAGUUCUUCUAGUAAAUAUGUGUUUUUUUGAAACAAACACAUUUUUUUCAGAGAAUCUCGAUUCCAUCGUUCAGCUGGUUUAACAGACAGUGCUGAAGUAAAAGCUGCAACUGGACAAAGAGGACAAAGUGAACAAAGUAUUUAUACGAAACAACAUCCAGUCUCAGAAACCAAUCAAGUUUUGUCAAAGUGAGUUUUUUCUUCAUAAUUUCAUCAACAAACAAAAAUUUUUCAAAUUUCAGAUGUAACAGCAAUUCUCGAAUCGGACCAUUUCCACCUCCAUUAUAUUUGACAGCCGUUGAAAAAAUCAAGGAUAAUUCAACAGAUUCGUAUUCUGCUUGGGCUAGUGAUUUGGCUGGAGCUGUUGGAGCUGCGACAAGUACAACUGGAGCAGCGAAUUCAGCAGCUGCGAAUGCAAGAAAGCGAUUGGAUGUUUCGAGAGUUUCAAUUGCUUUUUCAUCUUCGAAAUCGAAUAAACUUCAUCUUCUAAUUUCGAGAGCCGAUGCGAAUAUUGGAGCAAUUAUGUCAGAAUAUGAAUUGAGACCAAAGAAACCGGAAAAUGGAACAUCGAGUGAAGAUGCACCAAAAUUGAAUAUUUCUCCAAUUUCAAUUUGGAAUCUACAAAGAACAAAAAACAAUGCAGAUAUGCAUCUUCCAAUGCCAAAUGGAUCUCCUUUGGUGAAUUUGGCACAAAAAUCCGAGGAAAUAUCAAAGUAUCAAGGAAGAAGGUUGGAAGAUAUGUGGACACCGCAUGUUGAAACACGAACAUAUCAAGCACCGCAUAGAUGGAUUUGGCAAGGACCACAAGUUACAUUCUUUGAAUAUAAAGAGGAGGCUGAUACUGCGGUUUUGAUGAGUCCACAUGAAACAUCGAAUCAUAGAAAUGGACAAAGAUCUAUUCCUGUUAUGAUUGGAGCUGGAACUGGUAAUGGUAGGUUUUUUUGGAAAAUCUCUCUUUCUAUAACCAAGAAUGUUUAUUUUCAGCAUUCCAAAAUUCAAUUCCAUCAGAUGCGACUCGUAUUGAAUGUGGAAGUUAUACUUCAAUGAAUUCUAUCAGUGCAUCUAAUUAUGAUUCACAGAAUGAUAUUUCGAUGAAAAUUGCUGAUGCAAUUCGUGAUAUUUCUUCUGAUGGUCCAACUUAUUCUAGCAACAAUGAUGUAAGUUUUUUUUAUUUGAAAUAAUUUUAAUAUAAAAUUAAUCUAUCACAAUAAAAUUCAACAAAUUCAGAUCGACGCGGUCGAAGAAUUUUUCGAUACCCAUUCUCCAAGUUUGGCUCGCCGUGGAUCAUCAAAAUCUUCGUCAACAAAAUCGAAUAUUCAAUCAAACAACAAAAAAGUGACGUGUGCUCCACUUCCAAUUUUUUCAUCAUCUGAUAAUUCACAAAAAGAGGAAGAUGAUUCAGAAGACGAUUUGGAUAAUUUCGAAAUGGAAGAAGAUGAAGAUUCUGAUAUCUAA